CAACUAUAUGUUUAUGGUUAAGUUGAUUUUUUUUCAGAAAGUUAACCAAAAAAAUAAUUCAAAAACGUCUUAUAUCAACACCACACUCAUAAACUCUGUCAGAAAAAUUGAAAUUGAUAUUGCUGAAAUAAAGCAAAUGGUACACAUGCUUCAAGAUCAGUUUAGCAAACAAUUUGCCCCAACUGUAAGCGCAGAAGAUCUUAGUACAAUGCAACAAAGCAUCAUUGAGCAAAGUGUACAUUCACUUGCCUUAUCAGUAUUAUGGCAUACAAUUUCCUCUUUGGUAGCUCUUGAAUGUGUUGCUGAGUCUGUGAAAAAGUCUCAAUUCACUGAGUAUCCUGACCAGCUUGGCAAGCGACUUAAGACUUUGAGUUGUAGCAUCAAGCAUAACCUGAUUGACAAGGACUUUCCUGCUUUCAGUAAAGAAUGGAAAGGUAUCCCAGCUAAGCACUGGGAGUACUACAUGAUGCAAUUGGAGAGACUGGCGAAGGAUAACGGCUUUGCUAUUUACAAAUUCAAGAGCAUAUGUUGUGCAAAAAGUCUUCUUCAGAGAAGCUUCAAAAGGGAUAACCAGAAGCAAAAAAGAAUAAUGGCACAGCAAGAUGCAAAUGAUUCUUCAUUGUCUUCUGAUAAUAUGUCAGAAACGGAUGGUGGCAAGUCGCCUAUUAUGGUGGAUGUGCUGUCUCCUCUGGCAGAAAUGAGUGUUGAGCCAGCACAUAAGAGAAGUGUUAUAUUCUAUAAACUGGUAAGAAUUAAAGAAGGUCGUCUAGUCUAUAUCGAAGUACUCAAAGCACAUGAAAUGCAUUUGGGAUAA